GCGAGAUAAAAAGGUGUGUAUAAAACAGAAUUCUUUGCCAGUUUUAGGUUUAUUUAACUAUCUUAGGCACCUAUUGUAGUAAGUAGUCAAGAAAACAUGGUUCAUUACGUCGUAUUACUUUUCUUUCUCGUUGCUACCGUGGCAGCGUCGGAUUAUCGAUGCACGAAUCAAGGAGGUAGCUGUGUGGAUUACAGAUACUACGUUUGCAAUGGCGGAGUCGAAAAUGGACUUUGCGAUGGAGACUCAAACCGCCGAUGCUGCCUUGAAUGCGAUAAUUCGUGUCAAAGCGAUGUAAAUAACUGGGAAUCCUGCUGCGACUCUGCUUGCACGUCGAUUAGUGGAUCUUGUCAGGACAACUCGAACUAUUGCGAUGGAAGUUACUCUAGUGGGAAAUGCGGUGGACCGAGUGACAGACAAUGCUGCUCGAAAUCAACGGGCGGAAGCAGUGGAAGCUGCAGCUUGUUGACCUAUUCGACUUCAUCUGUGAAAGGCUACAACGGACUUACUAUAGAAAUUGAACCUGGGUUUAAAUCCUCUAUGGAUUCUAUAUCAUCAUAUGCUUCAAGCUGUGGUGUUACGGUGUGGGUAACUCACGCAUUCAGAUACGAAGGACAAGACUUAGGUGGAACUGUAGUACCACCCGCGUCUAACUCAAACCACUUGGUAGGACAUGCCAUUGACAUGAACUUGGACACUCCAAGCGGGUGGUGCAACGGCGACUGUUUAUACGCCGGAUAUAACUCCAAUGCUGAAUGCUUCUUGAACAAAGUCAUGAAUGGUGGUCUCAGGUGGGGUGGGGUAUGGUAUCCAACAGAUCCCGUUCACAUCGAUGAUGGUUUGAAUGUUUACUCACCAAAUACAUGGAAUGACUUGUACUACGACUUACAAGGGAAUUGCUAAGCGCCCUGGUUAAAGAAUUCUGAUAAAAUUUGUUAAGUAAUUAAAUUUAAUUUGAGACGAAAUAAAAUAAAUGCCUAAUGAAAA